AUGUAUUGGUUCCUCGAGCACAGAAGAUACCUGUUGAUCUAUCCUUGCGCUUUUGUGCUCGGUCUUGCGGUCAAUUUGGUGGUAGAUUCGUCUCAAUUGGACCAUCAGAAGGAUACUUUUUACCUUCUUUCAUCGGGCAACUGGAUCAACCAGAUAUUCGCAUAUCGCGGAAACCUGAUCUGGACUCUCUUGUAUAUAGCGUUAGCGUGUUUCCAAGUGCAAUUGCAGGUGUCUAGGCAGUAUUUCUUGCCUCUGGACGCUCGCAAUGGUGGCCAAAGAGACAGUAAGUCAGUGAUUAAAGCCGUGAAGCCCUUUCUGGCAAAGCUCGUCUUGAAGAAUUUGGCUUUGCUGGUGGUAUUUCUCAUCAUAGAUGGCAUAUUCGUGUGGACUGGGGGCUCUUGCUCGACUAGCGGCACCAAGUCUGCGGAAACCUGCCGCAAACAGGGCGGAGAGUGGACAGGCGGAUUUGAUGUGAGCGGACAUUUCUGCUUCCUCACAAUCGUGAGUUUGAUCCUGUGGGAAGAGCUGCGUGGCGCCCGUCAGUAUAUGAUUGUCAACGAGAUCGAUGCCAACAACGAGUCCAAAAUCUGGCUUCCACUGCAAUAUACAGUAGUCAGUGUCCUCGCGGUAUGGGCAUUCAUCCUGUGUGUAACAGCAAUCUAUUACCACACUGUUUUAGAAAAAGUUCUGGGUCUUGCCAUGGGUUACAUUGGUCCUGGAGUCAUUUACUGGGCUAUCCCUAACAGUCCAAAGCUGAAGUCCCUACUCUACUAG